ACUGAGUAUCCUUCAGUGGAUUCUACCUUCCAGCUCUCUACAAUGACUGGACGUGGUAAACAAGGUGGUAAGGCUCGUGCCAAGGCCAAGACCCGCUCCUCCCGGGCCGGCCUACAGUUCCCCGUGGGUCGUGUGCACCGUCUGCUCCGCAAGGGCAACUACUCGGAACGGGUGGGCGCCGGCGCCCCGGUGUACCUGGCGGCCGUGCUGGAGUACCUGACGGCCGAGAUCUUGGAGCUGGCGGGCAACGCGGCGAGGGACAACAAGAAGACGCGUAUCAUCCCGCGCCACCUGCAGCUGGCCAUCCGCAACGACGAGGAGCUCAACAAGCUGCUGGGCCGCGUGACCAUCGCACAGGGCGGUGUCCUGCCCAACAUCCAGGCGGUGCUGCUGCCCAAGAAGACCGAGAGCCACCACAAAGCUAAGGGAAAGUGAGACCCUUUAUACAAAGCACUAUCACCAAAGGCUCUUUUCAGAGCCACUCACUUUCUCCAAAAAGAAUUG